AAGCAACCCGCAGCCGACGGCCCCGGCGCAGAGCGGCAGCAGCAGAAGCGGCGGAGGUUCUCAGUCAGCGGCGGAGCGGCGCCCGGUCCACGUGCUGCGCGGCGCUGCGCUUCCUUCCACCUCCGGCGACGGCUCUCACAAUGAUGUCGCGACCGGGGCUCACAAUCCUGUGGGCGCUCGUCCUAGCGAUCCUCUGCCAUGCAGGACCUAUCAACAGACAAGCUGGUGGUCACAACACACUACGCCCUGACAUACGCAACCAGUCGUACACGGAGCAGAACGUGUGCGUCAACGACGACGUGCUGUACCAGCCCGGCGACCUCAUGCCUGCGCCCACUCCGUGCGCGCGCUGCGUGUGCAGCCCGCCCGGCAGCCUGUGCACGCCCGUCGCCUGCGAGAAGAAGCCUGGCUGCAAGGCGCUGCAGAGGCCCAACCAGUGCUGCCCCGAGUACCAGUGCGAAUGCGAGCGCAACGGCCGGCUGUACGCCAACGGCGAGCGCCUCGACAACGCCGACAACCCGUGCCAGGCGUGCUACUGCCAGGGCGGCGAAGUGGUGUGCACCACCGUCGAAUGCUACCGCCGCGACGACUGCGAGCCGCAGUUCGUUCCGGGACGCUGCUGCCCCAAAUACGACCAUUGCCCGCCUCUUGAUGGAUGAUCCCCGAUACGGCGAACGGUUUACGGGAGGCGACCGCCCACAGCACACGCGCGCCACCUUCCAGCCCAACGGCGGUCUGGAAGGCGAGACGGACCCCGUCGACCCCGCCGAGGACGACCAGGCGCUGGGCGCCAGCAACGUGCAGGAGCGCGUGCACGUACCGCAGGUAGCAGUCGUCGCCACCGCCACCACGACGGCCUCUCCAGCCACCAACGCCCCCGCCUCCGCCACCGAAGCCGCGGCCGACGCAACGGACCCACCCCAGCACGACACCCCACGCGACGCAGCCAUCAAGAUCGAAGUCCCAGCCGUUCCCUGGACCGACGCGACGGAACCCUCGGCCACGGAGGCGACCACGCAGGCCGCGGCGCAGAACGAGGAAGGCAGCGGAGCCACUGAGACCGACGCGCCUAUCAAGAUAGACGAACCAGUGAUCGGAAUCAUCGAACGUAUUCACUUGGAGGGAGACGCCAACCCUGGUGCCGAAGAAACAGCCACUGCUGCGACCACCGUCGGGAUGGACGCCGGUAAGGACGACGCCACAGAAGCGCAAACCGAGCAGGAGCCCAUCACACGUCUCUUUAUGCUUUCCAAGGAAGCCGAGCUGGAUCCUACUACUGUGUCUACCGAAUACACUGACUUGCCAGAGGAGAUGUCCACUCUUCCGGAAACCACACCUCCGGCCAAGGAAACUACUGCAGCUGCCCAGGGAGUGGAUUUGGCCACAGAAGCCCUUUUGGAAGCCACGACGAAUAAAGAUUCCACAACCGUGCCCGAGGCAUCCACGGACAGUAGCCCCGAGUUUAAGGAUUUCGACGAAUGGUCUGCAAGCAAAUCUUCCGAGUUCCUUCGAGACAGCGCAUCCAUUGGUUCAUUAGGAGGCUCAUCUAGUGGCAGUGAAGCUCAUUCAAAGCCGGCAGCAUCGUCAUCGGAUGAGUCCAGGUCCCAAAUCCUGGCCACAAACAUCAACGCUGAGACAGUAAAGCUCUCGUCGGACCAAAGCUCCGUGCCGCAUUCUGAAGGAUCUGCCGAUUCAACAGAAUCUGCUGACAGCACAGAAGAGUCCGCUACAACUGAAAUCGUUUCCUCCACUGAAAACGAAAACGCAGUCAAAGCAGACGAAAACAAAAACGUCGUUCCUGGAACAAAAGUAGAUGAAUCAGAAAGCAAGGAAGAAAUCCCACUAUUACAGAAAAUUAAUGAAGAACAAUCAAACGAGAACGUAAAAGACGAUGACAAGAGCCCGUCAGAAAGCAGUGAAAAAGAUAAACGUCAACCCGACAUUGUUUUGGACACAGAAGCAACUGACGAAAACGGUCCUCCCAUCCUGCUAAUCGGCGAUGAGCUAGCCAACCAUCAGAUGGACAUAGUGGUUGCAACAUCAUCAACUGAAGAGGGAGAGACUGAGACCCCAAACGUCAAAGAGAAGCCAGAGCAGCGUUUGAGCCAACAGACAAGCACUAACCAACCUACAGAAGCAUCUGACGUUGCAACAGACAGUGUCACCGAACAGGCAACACUUACUACGGUACAGCCUCAGGAAACGGCAAAAGAAGAUCUCUCUCUGGUGGCUCAGAGAUCCGGCGUCGAGGCCAGCGUGCCAGAAGACUCACGUACAGAAGAACCGGUUACCGCAACUGACGCAUCGGCCACCGAAGACGCAUUGGCGGAACAAACGCGCACGGAGGCAGGCAGUGGGGACGGCAGCAAGGACGCUGGAAGCAGCACGGAGAAGCUGGAUGUGGCAACUGUGGCAGAGGAGAUGAUGAUGAGCGACGACCCUUUGCCCGGGCAAGCCGCUUCCGCGGAGACUGUCCAGCGCGACGAGGAUUUGGACGACAUUCUGGGCAAGACGGUCGAGAAGAAGGAAGACAGCACAGAUGCGGAAAGCGCCACCGUGCUGACCACUCUCUCGAUUGAUUCGGCAACCGAGGAACCAGUGGCAGCCAGGAUGGGAGACCUAAAGACCGAAUCUCCCGAGCGAGAAUCUACCACUAACACGGCUAAGGAGGAAGAGGCAACGACAUUUGAACCCAAAUACGAAGCAACUACAGUUUCGGAAGAUAACAGCUUAGAUAUGAAAAAGGAAGACCAAACAGAGGAUAAAGUGGUCGAACGACGAUCAGAUAGACCUGAAGAAGUAGCUAACGAAGAAAGCACGACACAAAGUGCAGAAGAUACCCCUGCCACAACCGAAAGCGUAAAUACUGAAAAGACGAAUCUAGACAACAAUGAACAUAGUGAAUUGUCUGACGACGUAAAUAAACGAAAUGAAAAUGGGGAUGAAGCGAAAGACCUUGCUGAUGCGCGAGCUCAGUCAACAGGAAAUGAAGAAAUUUCUCAAACGGAUGCGAAAAGUUCUCAGACCCCCGAUGAGCAAUCAAAAGACACAACUACUAUUGUUGCUGACGUAACAGAUGUUCCUACAACACAAAAUCCAGAGGCAAUUAAAGCUACAAAUAAAGAUAUUCUUGGCGAAGACGUAAUGCUAGGCGAUCAGCCACAAAAUUCCCUUCCAGCAACCAAAUUGCAAACAAUUGAAUCAAAAGAACAAAAGAUAGAAGAGGAGAAAGAACAAAAGAAAGAAGACGACGAAAUAAGGAAAGAAAUGGAGGAAAACAUCGAACAAAGCACGGACAACAUAGAUACUACAGAGAGUAGUGGAGAUCCAAAUCAGAAUAAUGAACCAGAACAGAGUACAGGAAGAAAAGAAAUAGUCUUUGGCGAUGAAAUAUCCGAAUUAACCCCUAAGCCAGAAACGGGUCUGACUGAAACUGAUCAAACGACAGUUCUUGAACAAAAUACUGAAUCUGUGCGAACGUCCGAUGCUGACCCACCACAAAACCAACAAAUUGAAGAGCAAGUAAACGUGGAGUUGGCAAUGAACAGUGAUUCGGAACAGAAAAGCGAAGUAAAAACAGAACAGCAAGAACAAGAGAAAGGGGAGCCAAGUCAAAUUCUAGUCGACAGCGCCAAAACCCUUGAGCUAGAUCAAGUCGAUGUGAGAGCAGGUAUGGACCAACAAACGUCUAGCGACGAACUUUCCACUCCACCCCCAGACACAACUAGUUCCGAUGACAAGAUCCAGGACGAGACAAUUACUAGUCUUCCAGCGAAGAACGGCGAUUCUGAGGUCUCAUCAACGGACAGCCCAGUAGACGAGACAACCAAUGCGCCACUCGCAGAACAGAACACUGAAAUCACAGGCGUGAAAAUAAAUCCAGAGGUACUCGAGCUAAAGCCAUCACCUGCGACGGCGACUCCUGCGACAGCGGCGGCGGCCAACGCCACCGACGCGACGACGUUCGAGCCGGACUCAUCCACGCUCUCUCCGGAGUGGCUCAAGUCGGACAACGCCACCCAAGUCGACGCAGCGCAGGCCGACAAAUUACAGGAGCAGAAGCAGCAGACGAAAGAGGAAGAGGCGGUGGCGGCGGUGACGGAGCAGCAGGCGCCAGCGGCAGGAGACGCGGCGAGCGAUGCGACGGGAGAUGCGGGCGGUAACGCGGACGGCGGCGAGCAACAGCGCGUGGAGCGCCGCGUUGACGAAACCGAUAAGAAAGACUUGUUCCUCCUCGAGGACUUCUUCACCAAGCUGUACCGCCAUCAGAUCGCCACAGACGCGAACAAAGAACAUUAAAACCCUUCGGUUAGUGCCAGUGAAUUAAUAAUCAACUUCUCAUCUCUCAUCUCAUUUCGUACCGAACACAUGACAUCGAGUCAAUUAUUUUCAUAUACUAACAUUCGACAGAAAUACAUAUCACCUACUAACGAUGCAUAAUUACAGUAUUAUAGAUCAUCAUCUCAGUGUAUCAUCCAUACUUAGAGAGUAUUUAUGGUUGCAUUGAUAAAAAAACAAAUUGAACCAGCAGUUAAAAUAUACUAUUACUCUAUGUGAGUGUAUAUUAAAUUAUAGUGGUGUUAAGCACUGGAUAAAAUAUUUAAAUUUCGUUUUGUUGUAGAGUUCAUUUCAUUUCGCAAAAGAAAGAAAGGAUGCCUGCGGAAUGGUAGAAGUCGGAGGUCGAGGUCUUGUGAGAGGAAAUCUAAAGCGUUAGCCUUGUAGCGUACAGAGGCGGCGCGUGCGUCUUGUUCCGGGAGACGACGCCUUUCCCCGAACAAGACGCCGCGCCUGAUAUCCGUCCAGGUGAGGGAAACAACUUGGGCUGUGUUGUUAUUUAUGUUGCUCGCGUCUCGGCGGGCGAGCGUUCUCUUCUUCCUCGAGAUGGACUUCAGCCCUGGAGAGCGCUCGUGGACGCGGCCCUCGACGCCGCUGCCCAGCCCUCUCGAAGGGCGCGCGCACGCACCGAUGCGCCCAAUCGGCGCUGUGCUCUUCUCUCCAGGGCUGAACGUAAUCUCUCCCCCCCCAUUUAGUGAUGUAUGAU